GCGCAACUUAAAGCAAAGCACAAGUAAAGCAAAGCAAAGUAAACUUAAAGCAUAACAAAGCACAAUCAAAGCAAAGCACAAAUAAAAUCUACAAAGAAAUGACAAAUUUUUAUAUAUUUUUGCCUUACACCAAAUAACAAAUAUAAAUGAAAAUUGACGAUUCCGACGCACCUUAAAAAUUGCCCAGGCACUUCAUUCAAUACAGUCAAAAGUUUGAUAUUUCAUUAGCUUUCUUUUAAGAAUAAUAAUUACAAAGUAAAUUUGCAGAAAAUUUUUUGAAUUUUUUCUUUACAUUCAACGUCAGAACAUUUUAGGUGGUUUUUGUACUUUGCUAUCUGUGAUAGGGAAAUCCCUCAAAAAAUAGUAGUUUUCUCGUCUUAUCUUAAGAAAACUCUCGACCAAAAAGUAUUUAUCUGAUAGUGGUAUGUAUUAUUUAUUAUAAACACAAAGUGGAGUGAGUUUUAUAUAAUUAAAAUUUAUUUACUUAUUAAAAAUUAGCUGAUCUUAAAUAAUCUUUUAACGAAUGAAUUUCUUUAUUUUCUAAAUUUUCCCUUUAAAAAUAAAUUCUUAUAAAAUGUCGAAUGGCAAUGAUAUAUCACUUUAUAAAAAUAAUUCAAAUAUUCCAAAACUAAUAACAAUACCAAAGUUACAUCAAAUGAAGAAGGAAGGUAUUCCUAUUGUUUCAUUAACUGCUUAUGAUUAUUCAAUGGGAAAAGAAAUGGAUCAGGCAGGAGUUGAUGUUAUCUUAAUCGGAGAUUCACUUGGUUGUGUUAUACAAGGAAAACAAAAUACUUUAUCCGUUAGCCUUGAAAAUAUCAUUUAUCACACAAAAAUUGUCUCAAAUGGAAUUAAAAGAGCUUUAUUAGUUGUUGAUUUGCCUUUUUCUUGUUCUUAUAGUGUUGAAAAAGUCAUUGAAUCAUCUGUUUCUUUACUUACUAACGCUGGGGCAGCAGCAGUUAAAUUAGAAAUACCUUCGAAUUCUGAAUUACAUUUAAAAAUGCUAAGAGAACUUAAUUCUUUGUCUAUUCCUGUUUUUGCACAUAUUGGAUUAACUCCACAAUCUGUACAUUCACUUGGGGGUUAUCAAGUUCAAGGAAAUUUAAAAUCCAAAAGAACUGCAGAAGAAUUGUUAGAAUUGGCUAUUCAGGUAGAAAAAUGUGGAGCAUCUGCUGUUGUUCUUGAAUGUGUUCCUAAGGAUUUGGCAAAACAUAUCACAGAUUCAUUAAAAAUUCCAACAAUUGGAAUUGGUGCUGGUAUUCAUUGUGAUGGACAGAUACUUGUUGUUUAUGAUCUUCUUGGAAUUGGAGAAAAACCUCCAAAAUUUGUCAAAAAUUUUUUAAAGGAUCAAAAUUCUAUUCAAAAUGCAUUUAUUUCUUACGUUAAAGAGGUACGUGAAAGAACUUUUCCUGAAGAAAAACAUUCUUAUCAUUAA